AUGCCUCAAUUCCAUACACCCCAACAAGCAGGAAAACGCCUGUUUGUCAACAUUGUCGACGAGCUUGCCUCCUCCAAUCCGACACAGCCUCUUGGAAUCAUCCCCAAUGGCUCCGAUAUCAAGGACGGCUUUCGCCAUCUAACCGCUAAAGAACUGGCGGACGCGGUCAACGCGACAGCGUGGUGGAUUGAAAAAGAGAUUGGAAAGGGAACUGGCGAAGAAACUGUUGCCUACAUGGGGAACAAUGAUAUACGGUAUCUGCUCUUCAUCCUCGCUUGCCAUAAAACUAGCCACAAGUUAUUGCUUCCUUCUACACGACUGUCCAAUGACGCCUACGAACAUAUCCUGAAUGUCACAGGGUGCAAAACAUUUUUCUUCAGCACCAAAUUCGAACGAAGGGUUUCGGAGAUCAAGGAAUUGAGACCAGACACGCUUUACAAGGAGGUCCCGGGAGUUGGUGACAUCGUCAAGGCUAUGGGAGUUCAACCACAUCCCUUUUCCAAGUCGUUCGAAGAAGCCGAGGACCAGGCUGCGCUGAUCAUCCACAGCUCUGGCACAACUGGGAUGCCCAAGCCUAUUCCGCUCACACACGGAUACCUCGCCACUAUUGACUUCAAUAAACAUGUCGCCGAUCGCGCUGGUCGCCCAUCCACGACGCCAAACUGCUUCACCUCGUCCCAACCUAUUCUUGCCACGACACCUGCCUUUCAUCUUAUGGGCCUGUUGCCUUACAUGCACGCCAUUUACUUCCAGAUCCCCUUUGUCAACCUCCCGGAUAAGCCCUUGUCAGUUGAACUGAUGAUCGACGCAAUUCGUGCCACGCGACCGGCGGGAGCUUUGCUUCCUCCCUCCCUUCUCGAUGAUAUGAGCCAGUCACAAGAAGCGCUUGAAUGUCUCGGCACUCUAGACUCUGUUUACUUUGCGGGUGCUCCUCUGUCCAGAGAGACUGGUGACAAGAUCUCUAAACACACGCAACUCAUAUCGGUGAUUGGAUCUACUGAGAUGGGACUUAUCCUGUCCCUGGUCCCCGAGAAACAGGAGGACUGGGACCAUUUUGAAUGGUGUCCCGAAUACGGAGUGGACAUGCAGCAUGUCGGCGAAGGGCUGUAUGAACUGGUGAUCCCUCGCCGGGAGAACUCUCGCUCAAUCCACGGCAUUUUCCAUACAUUCCCAGACAAGCAGGAGUAUCGAACCAACGACCUCUUUGUUCAGCAUCCUUCGAAUCCCAACUUGUGGAAAUAUCACGGUCGCCGCGACGAUGUCAUUGUGCUCAGCAACGGUGAGAAGCUUAAUCCGGUGACUUUGGAGAUGAUUGUAGGAAGUCAUCCUCGCAUUGGUCGUGCACUUUUGAUUGGCCAGUCCCGAUUCGAAACGUCGUUAAUUAUUGAGCCCAAGUGGGAGGAAGAGGGACAGAUAGACAAAAAGGAAUUCAUUGAUGACGUUUGGCCUACAGUUCAGCAAGCGAACGAAACUGUGCCGAAUUAUGGACGGAUUGCAAAGAACAAGAUCCGAUUGGCGUCCCGUGACAAGCCCUUCAAGGUGACCCCAAAGGGAACGACCCAGCGUAAUGCAGUCAACAGGGACUACAAAGACGAAAUCGAAGCGAUUUAUACAGCUGCCGAGGCCGAGGGCCAAGAGAAACUGCCCGAGUCACUUGAUGAGGGAAGCAUGGUCUCUUUUGUUCGCCACAUUGUUUGCUCUUUGCUUAGCCGUGAAGAUAUAGCCCCGGAAGACGAUCUAUACGGCGCUGGACUAGACUCUCUUCAGACGAUCCAGCUCGCAAAGAUCCUCGCCAAGGCCACUUCCUUCCAGCUGCCAGAUGCCGAUCGGCAGCCAAUCACGGCUCAGCAUAUCUAUGCCCAUUCCACUGUUUCGCAACUGGCGCAAUUCCUGCGGACUGUGCUGCGGGGAGAUAUCGUGUCUGUUGCAUCCCGGACAGAAAGAGUCAACAAUAUGGUGGCCAAGUAUACGAGAGAGCUGCCGGCGCUUGCUCAAGAGAAUAUCGAUCUCCCUGAAAAGUCGACCGUUAUCCUGACUGGAUCGACUGGCUCGCUCGGUACCUACCUUUUGCACUCGCUUUUGCAGGACGAGUCCGUGGCCAAGGUCUACUGUUUCAAUCGAUCGGAUGCCCACUCCCGACAGACGAAAAGCUUCCAAGAAAAAGGACUUCCGGCUGCCCGUCUGCAUGACAUCAGUAAGGUUGAAUUCCUGACAGUGGCUUUUGGAGAGCCAAAGUUCGGCCUUUCAUCCGACAAGUAUCAAGAGUUGUUGGACACCGUGGACGUGAUUAUCCACAACGCCUGGAAGGUCAACUUCAACCACCCGCUCGAAUCAUUCGAGAACCCUCAUAUCAAGGGACUCUAUGAGUUUGUGAAAUUCAGCAUCGACAGCAAGUACAGGGCUCACGUGUCCUUUGUCUCAUCGGUCAGCACGAUCGGGGGAUGGACCGAGCAAAUGGGCCCAGAAGUGCCCGAACUUCCCAUCGAAGAUCCAGCUGCAGCCCUGGAGCAGGGAUAUGGUGAAUCGAAACACGUGUCGGAACGUAUCUGUCUUGAAGCCUCUAGACGAUCUUCUGUUCCGACUAGCAUUUUCCGAGUGGGGCAGAUCGCCGGCCCGACCACCAAGGAAGGGGCUUGGAAUGUUGAUGAAUGGGUACCUACGCUAGUGAAGACAUCUAAAUCUCUUGGCAAGGUGCCAGACAGUCUUGGAGGAUAUGAGGUUGAUUGGGUCCCUGUGGACACCUUGGCUACUAUCAUUGUCGAGCUUCUUCACACACGACGCAAGCAGCUAGUUGACACGCUCACUGCCUUCUUCAACCUCGUCAACCCGAGCAAAGCACCCUGGGCUUCUAUGAUACCUGCCAUCCAGGAUAAAUACCCUGUCGAAGCUGUACCUAUGAACCAGUGGAUCGAGGAGCUUGAGAACAUCAAAAGCCCAUCAGAUGACGACGUCCGUGAGAAGCCUGCGUUGAAGCUAUUGGACUUCUACAAUGGAUUGGCUGGCGGAAAGGAAAUGCUCUCUGCGGAGAUCAGCGUGUCCAGGACGAAGGAGGCGAGCAAGACCAUGGCGGCGCUUGGACCGAUUAGUCGGGAUGAGAUGAUGAACUGGUUGAAUCAGUGGGACUUUUGAGU